AUGCUAGAAUUUUGGAUACUACUCCAAUGGAUCAUCACGGUCCUUCUUUGUCUUUUCACCACUAACUGGGUGAUACAACAUGUGAUCCUUGAUGCUAAAAGGGACCUACAUCCUGUUGCUUUAACAGAACAAGCCUGCACUGCUAGCGUCAGAAAGGAAAAUGAGACCGCAGUUUAUAGAAAUAUACUGACUCCAAUUGGUUAUCCAUUGUCAGCCGGUUUAAGUUUAAGUCAUGGAUAUCAGUUUAGAAAGGGAAACUUUGGUGAUAUUUGGUCAACUUCCAUGGAAGUCGGUAAGGGAAAUAACCGAAUUUCUUUUAUUGAUGGACAUACUUCCUGGACCUUGGGCAAUAUAAACUUUAAAGCAAAGCUAUUGAAGAAUUAUUUUACAGAAGUUAAGGCUAGAAAUGUUGGAAUUGUAUGCUCAGUUGCCACUGGUCCUGGCUUUGUAUCAGCCAUAGCGGGUUUCAUGGGCACUCUAGAAUCCUGUAUUCCUCAUUUUCUGCCUUCUAUACCACGCAAUAAUAUGGAUUUAGAUGUCCUUAUAGUUGAUUCAUGGAAUUGUGCCGCUAAAUUGAAUGGAAGUGAAGAUUGGUAUAAAACUAUCAUUGUUUGUGAUGAUAGUGCAAUGCCCGCAGACCUUCCUGGAAAUGUGACCUCAUUUUACCAACUUAUCCAUGACAUGAAUGCCAGCGAUAAUAAAUAUGAAUAUGAGCCGACGACCAGCUUUGAUGACGACAAAGAGCUAGCCCGUGUUACUAAUCACAACAGAGACACUACUACCUUCAUGCAACACUGUUUGGUAAGUAGUGUCUCCAAUUUUAUCAAACUGUUUCCGAUAAAUCAGGAGUUGAAAAAUGUAGAUAAACUAACUAUAAUUACCGAGGGCAUGAGAUCUAGUCAGUUAAUGCAGACAUUUAUUAAGGUGUUCGGCUUACUACUUUUUGGUGGUUCUAUUUCUUACUCUAGCAGCAAUGAUUUGACACAAAUUGAUACUCACACGACCCUACUAUUUUUGUCAGCUAAUAAUGCAGGACUUCGAACUAUGCUCGAUGUUUGUCCUACUGGUUUUAAUAAGCUCAAACUUUCCUGGGCUAUGUCACUUCUUAGUGAAGGGGUGUUUAGCACUGUUGCACAAUCAAGCUGUAACUUUUCAAAACUUAGAUGUGUCUACAUUCUCAAUGAAGUGAAAGAUAGUAAUCUCGUUUCAUCCUUUCCAUUAGAAAUCCCGGAAUUAAAGCGUAAUUCUGUUAAAAGAUUAACAAGUAGACAGUUAAACGUGCUUAGAUCAUUAUUUGGUUCUCGUGUUGUAAUGGAAUUAUAUUCUCCAUAUACAAUCAUGGGUCCAAUUGCACAGGGAAACAUGUACGAUUAUAGGAUUUUCCCACAAAAGGUUGAUGAGGUAUUUACAUGUUAUGGAACGUUAUCUACAUCUUUAGAGGGUAAGUUGAUAUAUACAAAUUCUAACCCGACUCUAAUGCCAUCAAAAAGGCAAGGCAUGCUGGUAGUACGUGGCUUUACAAUUGGAAAGCCUCUAGAUGAGCAGAGACUGAGCCGUGCUUUAAAAUUAACAGCCGAAUUUAACGGUGGAGAAGGAUGGAUGCCCAUGGUGGGUGUCUUUGGUAUCUGGGGGACUGAUGGAUGUUUCUACGAAUACAAGUAA